AUGGAAAAUGGCAGGUUGGAGCCUUUGAAAAUGGAGCCCCCCGAAUUGGUAAAGGAGGCCGAGGAGCAGACCAAGUCUUUGACGACGGCUGAAGACCUGCUGGCAUUGGUGAAAAGGCUGCAGAAAGAGGGAAGCCUGGAGCCACAGAUUAAAGACCUGAUUAACCGGAUUAAUGAGCUUCAACAAGCAAAGAAGAAAUCCAGUGAGGAACUGGGAGAAGCCCAAGCUCUCUGGGAGACCCUGCACAGGGAACUGGACUCCUUGAAUGGAGAGAAAAUGCACCUUGAGGAUGUCUUGAGCAAGAAACAAGAGGCACUGAAGAUCCUCCAGCUGCACUGCCAAAAGAGGGAACGUGGAGCUCAGAAGUUACACGUUGAAGAACAGCUGGAGAAUGUGAUGGGCCAGCACAAGGACCUCUGGGAAUUCCACGUGUUGAAGCAGCGACUGGCCUGGGAGAUAAGCGCCCUGCAGAGCAGCAAAGAGCAGUUGCUCACUGAAGAGAAACUGGCGCGGGCCAAGCUAGAGGAGGUGGAGCUGCAGCUGAGUUCGCCACCCGAGGUCCGGGAUGCCCGGGCAGUGAACGAUGGGCUGAGGGCGGAGCUGGAGAAAUUCGGGGGCCAGGAUUCUGCCCAGAUUCAUUGCACGCCAAAGGACGGGGCCUCCAAAAGAGAGGCCGGCCCCGAGCGCCCCGGCGCCCUCAGCGAGGACCUGGAGCCGCCCCCAGAGCAAUAGGACCCUCCCGAAGCUCCUCACCCCUACCCGCUUCGAGGCGGGCCGAGAAAUAAAGGCGAGGAUUUCGGACCUUC